AUGGCCGACACGUCGCAACCUCAUCUCCCGAGCGCUCCCGGCGACACAACAACAGGCGCGGCUACGCCUACUGCUUCGCCCGCGCAACACCCUCAAUCCCCGCACCUAGAGUCAAAGACUGUCAGUCCCAUUGCCAACAGGGUAUGCACACCCCUAGGGCUCUUUGUUCAUCCUGCCCCAAAGGGUGCUCCCAUGAGCAUGCCUCAGACUCUUACGCCAGAAUCCACACCCGCAUCACCAAGGCGACAUGAUAGGCUCACCAAAUCAACAUCGCCAAUCCGACAAUCCGGAGCUAGCCCUACUCGAUCCCAAAUCUCCGCCUCGGCAUGUAUGCGAAAGCGAACCGACUCCAUCAGCGAGGCACUCCGUGCUGCUGCUGCCACCAAUACUCAACCCAGAAACGACGAUGUCCCUUCGCCUCUGGUUCCUUUCGGCGAGACACAACCCCUCCACACAGGCACCGUUCUCGCCAAUACCAGGAUGGUCCAUCCUAAACCUAUCAAUAGAGUAGCGCCUGCCGAUGUGACCAGCCGGCCUGGUACCGCUAGCAGCGUUGCGCAGCUCGAAAUAACUGCCCAACAACUUUCAAUGACGAGUUCCAUCGACGAUGCGAUUCGAGACCUCCACGGCGAACUCAAACGAAGCGACUCUCGACGAUCAUCAAUUCUCGCUGCCAGUGUCAGGCCCGGAGACGACGUCGGCCCGGCACCUGCAAGUCAGCUCAAAAGGCAUCUCUCGAGCUCAUCCUCCAUUGUAUCGACUAACAUCGCCGCACGCCAGGGUGGCUACUCACCGGCUGCAUUUGUCAAGUCUCCCAGUGCCUCUGCAAGUGGUCGCUUGAUUCCUGGCUCACUGACGGCUACCUCGCCCGAGUCUGAGGCUUCUACUGUCUUGUCUCGCCACGGCCCCGGCAAUAGCUCUGUCCGUAGUGUACGCUCGGCGAAGCUCUCGUUGGCUGACAUUUCUGAAUCCGAGCCUAUUUCGCUCACCCAAACAGUCUUGGACGAGGCUGACAUGGCGCCGCCGCUCGAAUUCGAGCCCAUCAUUCACCAAUCACCCGCCCACGAACAAGAGAGCGAGCACAAGAAGCCUAGCACCGAUGCUUUCCACCAGAUGAUGCACAACGGCGCUACGCAAAAGCCCAUCUUCAACUACUCGCCAGAUCCUAGUCGAGAUGCGUCCACAAUCCCCGACCGGGGUAAUCGCCCCGGCUCCUCCCAUUCCCACGACACUUAUCACCAAGCUCAACAUGCUUUCUUCGACUUUGAUGGAGUUCACUGUUCUGACAACGGAAUCGACAUGCAUCAUGAGGAAUAUCACCGAGAGCGCACCCCCAUUGAGGGGGGCUAUGUCGCCGUUGAUCAGCAUCUUGAAGAACUGGAUGAUCAUGUCUUUGAUCUCCCUCCCCUGCAAAUUCCACAAACUCUCUCCCGGGCUCCAGCUUUCUUGUACGGAGAAGACUCGCUUCCACCGCCUCCGCAACCCGCUGGUCUGAUCCGUCCCCAGUCGUAUAUCGAUCCAGCCUCGGGUCUUCAGAUGAACUAUUAUCCAGCCCGAGUUCCAGCCACUCUGAACAUUCCUCAAAAGCUGUCCAAUAAACCGAAGGCUCACCAAAGAAACUCGAGGCAGUCCAAAGUACUUAGUGCCAUGAUGGACAGCACACAUAAUCCUGUCAAUAGUGACGCUGCUCGCCGAGCUUCUGCUAUGCCGGCCUUGGGUGGCAAGACCGAGCUUGCGGAGAACCCUCGGCCUGUCAAGGAGCGCCACCACGAACGUCGACCAUCCUUCCUCCCCCUUUCAACUGAGGACAUGCAAAAAAUCAAUGAACCAUUUCCCGAACCCGCUCAACAACCCGCGCCUGCUCAGGAGAGCUUUGAAAAUCUUGCUUCAACACUUCGACUCCCGAAACGCAUUUCCGAAUCCAAGGCUGUUGACAAGCGCAAGAGUCGAAUGUCCAUGAUGGCCAUCCCUGCGCAGCUGCGCGCAAGUGCUUUCUUUGAUGCGCCUGCUAUAACGGCCGACAUUGAAGCCAAGGAUGGUUCUGCCAUGAAUGCCCUUGACGACAUCUUGGCUGCCGGAGCCAGCGCUCCAGUGGACGCCUUCACCGAUCAUCCCUAUGCUGGAAAACUUGGCCCCGAAGUAUACGGGGCAACGAAAAAGUCGGCUACUUCAUCGCCAUCCUUGGAGCCGCCUUCCAACGAGCAUCUUGUCAAAAAACGGUCUUCGUGGAUGCUGCUCGGCAGGCGCAGUCACAGUCGCAAUAGCCAAGAAAGCCCUAGACCGAACAAUGAUGCACCUCACCUGAAUGGCGACAGCGACAGCGAUCAUGUUGCCCGGGUGCCUACAGGCACCGUGGGGUACACCGGGGAAGAGCAGAUUGAAGGAGACGAGGGAGCAGAGGAAAUUGAAGGCCAUCUGGGAGCCCCUACCACGUUGCUUGCGGAACUGCAGCUUCGCAAGCAGCAGCAGAAGGAGCGCAUCCAGAACAAAGUCCAGGACGCGUAUGGCAUGCAAGCUACACUGCUCGAGCUCGAUGCCGUUGCUGAGACACAGAGGAUUGAUCGCAAGAGUAAGCGUGUCAACUUGCUCUGGGAGGAUCCCGACGCACAUUUGGAACAAAAUGGCUCCGAUGAUGAAGAUGUUCCGCUGGCCAUCAUCGCAGCUAGGCAGCAAGGCGCAAAGAACAUGGCAGAUCUCGAACGCCCGAUCGGCCUUAUAGAAAAAAGGGAAAUCGAGGAAAACGAACCCCUAAGUAAACGUCGUGCACGUUUGCAAGGGCGGGACAAUACUUUUUCUACACCUCGACCGCAAAGUAUGCUGAUGGCGCCAGCUCGUCUUGGAGAUACACGCCCACGACAAUCGAUGAGUUCUUUGAACAUACUUAUUAGUCCAGAGGAUGUUGAGGGCGAGACGCUAGCCGACCGGAGAAAGCGCCUGGCAUCCGACGUGGAGAAAGAAAAGGAGCUUUCGUUGCCUCCCACAAGACCCGUGAGCACAGCCUUUUCUGCUGAGCUCCUGAGUCAAUUCGAUCCUGUGGAACUGGGCAAGUCGGAAGGCACUGCCGAUGGAAAGGAUUCCAAGGGAGUCAAUGGGGCUCCUGAGGAGGAAGAGACACUUGGCCAGCGGCGGCGUCGCUUGCAAGCUGAGAAAGCGGCUCGUCAGCAGGAAAUGGCACACGGCAUCGCAGCCGCCGGCUCUGCGGUACACAACAAGGACCGCCGCCUGAGUCUCUCGAAUGUUCUCAGCAUGCACCCGAAAAAGAGCCCAGACCUAAGAGUCCAGGAACAAAUACAGCGCCGAGAGGAAGAGGAACGCAUCGCGCGCGAAAACGAGGCUAGGAUGACAGCUAUGCGCCUUCAGAUGCCUUCGACUUUGUCCGUGCCAGGAGCUGCACCAAAGCGAGCAUUUCAAAAUGGAGCGUACAACAACGGCAAUGGGGGACGCAUUGGCAAUCAGCGCCCCAUCUCUGCUCAAAUGCUGAACCAGGGUCAACUGAACCGACCCAACAACAUGGCCUUCAACCAUGGCCCCCAGCAAGGUGUCUAUAUGAACCCCUACGGCGCAAGUAGCGCACAUGCAUUUGGCGCUAUGAAAAUGUACAACAACGGCGUGUAUGGUGGUAUGCAGCCAAACAACCAGAUGCAGAUGCCACACAAUGGUGCCUCGAUGGAUCGAGUCGAAGUUUGGCGACAGGGCGUCUUUCCUUGA